GUCAGAGAUACGGGUUUUCGUUUAAGUGGGUUGCUGUGGCACACUUAAUGUCUAGCGGGACAAGAAAUAUGACUUUGUAUGGUCGCGUCCUCGAUGUAAACAUUGAUUUUGGGGAUACUCACACUACUUCCGUUUUGGCUUUUGCCCUUUUUUAUUCAAUCGAUUAUGUUUUCCGAACAUUUCAACCAGAAAACAAAGAUGUUCAAAGUACUUAUGCUCUCACCCGGUUUCGAAAUUAUUCCAUUUCUGUUAUCCAUGCUGUAAUAUCUGGACUAAGUUCUCUUAUUUGCCUUUGUGCUUAUCCGGACCUCGUUUACAACAUUAUAGAGUCAGAAAAUGUAUUUGCAUAUCACAUUAUGGGGUUUGCAACUGGUUAUUUCGUUCAUGAUAUUUAUCACAAUAUUUGUGGUGGUGUGGGCCUAAGGUCUCUGGAAAUUAUACUUCAUCACAUAACAGUUUUAACCUGCUUCUUUGUUGUGUCAUCUUAUCGCAUUCUUGUUUGCUAUGCCUUAUUUGGACUGUUAAUGGAGUUGAACAGCAUAUUUCUGCAUGCUAGACAGGUCUUGAUAUUUUUGAAUAUUGCCCCGAGAUCAUUGGCAUACCGCGUGAAUGCAGUCGCAAAUAUUAUUACUUUUAUCAUCUUUCGUAUAUGCCUGACACUGUCACUUUUCGCUUGGGCAAUAAUAAACAGGCAUAAACUACCAGUUGUUGUCAGUUGGAUACUAAUUUCCAGUUUCACCAUAUUUACAAUCAUGAAUUUAGUUCUAUUCUGGCGUGUUAUAACAGCUGAACAACGUAUCUUACAGUCAAGUCAAUGUAAACCACUUGUAAAUGAUGGGAAAACCGAGUAAUUUUUUCUUUUUUUUAUAAUUAAGAUUUAAUUCAGUGCGUAUAUCCCUUUACAUUCUUAGUUUGUACUUAGUCUUCGAUUCCACAUUCGAUAGGUAUAUAUAUAUCGUUACACUGGAGCUUAAAUUUUCAAUAUAUUUUCAAUGUAUUUAAACAUGUCUCCUCUUUUACCAUUGUCUAAUUAUGUCUACAUUGAUUUGUAAAUAAACUCAGCGAACGUCAUUGGUGGUGGUGGUGGUGGGAAGUUAUUUUGUCCCACAAGUGUUCCUGUUUUUUUUUUUCUUCUUCUGUGUCUACGAAUGUUUCUUCCUCUCACGUCUUUCAUACCAAAAUGUUCAAAAUUUGUAUUUUUCACUACUCUUGUGUGUAACCAUUAAUUAGUGAUUAUUAUUGUUAUUGAUUAAUUAAUUAGUAUUAUUAGGAAUUAUACUAUUAACUGUCAUCGCCGUCGUCGUCGUAGUAGUAGUGGUACUACGAUGGGGAUUAAACAUCAUCAUACCAAUUCAUAACCAGUGCUCCUUGUUAUCUAUCUAUGUAUAAAGUUGAAUUCCGCAUAAUUCACAAAGCUAAAAUAUUGAACAGGAAUUUACCGCCGAUGGACUACUCUGUAAUUCUAUCAUAUUGUUGCAUUUUGCACAAAUCUAUUUUUGAAAUCGCGCAAUGCAGUUACCGGCACCUGAUACCAUAAAGUGGUGCUGGCUAUUAUUACUAUUAUUAUCAUCAUCAUUAUUAUUAUUACUAUUGUUUCCGAUUAUGCGAGGAAAACACUGGCUUCAUAAUGUCACCAUAUAUUGCCACAAUAUUUAUAUAUAUAUAUAUAUAUAUAUUUGCUUCAAUGUAAUUUCAUAUCGAUGUAUGUGAUAAACUCACCAAAAAAAUAUAAAAAUGAUGCUGAU